GACCUCCGGGGGAGAAAUUCAAGUGGAUUUUGGGAGAAAUGACUGCCCAGUGGAAAUCCAGAACAAGAGGAAGAACGGAUGAUGGUGGGUGGAUUUCCAACUAUCAUGGAAUCAAAGCACCAGUUUGGAUUGAAAUUCUUCGCUUGAUUGAAAAUGAUCAACGGUAUCAUCGCUUCAUCCCUGAAUUUAGAUCCACCUCUUGAAUCAGAGUAGCAUAAAUCAAUGGAGGUCCACAACUAGAAUUAAAUCACUAGCUUUAGAUCAUUUAACACAAUUGCUAAAAUCAUCGGUGCGUGGCUAGAUUUAUAUCAGUGCCUGAAUUGAAUUGAUUUGCUCAUAUUCACUGUAAUCCCUUCAGGAUUACAAAUUCAAUGUACGCUCUGUUGUGUUGCACAGCACAUACAGAGAACCAAAUCACACACAAGCAGUCAUGGAAGGGCUUGCUCAAUGACACCUUGACAGUACAGCCAGGAAUUAGCCGACAUCUCUCCAGCAACUCGUUGCAAUUUUUCAUAUGUUGUCCACAACAAAAUCUGACCUGCGAAACUCUGCUUCCCAGCAACCUCACUGGAUUUAGAUCCUGAUCUCCUUUGGACCACUGGACCGACCAGACGGAGGAUUACUUGCCUUUUUUUUCUGCAGACAUUAGAAAUAUAAGAGGAAAUUGACGCCGGUACCUUCUUACAUUUCCUGCGGACAUUCCGUCCACGUCAGGUGGCUGGGGGAAGAAAUAAGGGACCAAAGUGCACAAAAUGAUCUCAAAUUCAACUUCCUGACUCCGCAAAAUCAGGUCGGCACAGCAGCAAACCCACUCGAAAGGAAAGCUGCCAGUCAAAUGUUGCCCAAGUCACAUUUAAAUGAAACACAAGCUAACAGCACAAAAUAAUGCACCAUGUGCAUUUUUUUUUUCUUUUUCAACGCUACAAAGCGCAAGUGACUUUUCACACCUAUUUUGAACAACUUUUCCAAUCACACGCUCGUGUCAGAGGGACAUCUUGAAGUUUGGGGAUUUUGGUCAACCUCACUACAAGACUGCAGAGCAACACACGAGGAGCGGGUGAGGAAGGGCCGAUGUGCAGCUGAAAUUGGGCCAUCAUGGGCUGCAACAUGUGUGUGGUCAGACGUCCUGAGGAGCACUACAAGGUCAUGUACCAGGUGAAAGGAAGGAGACGUUCUCACCUCCCGCUGGACAGACCACCUAAAUCCCAGGAGCCUCUGCAGCGACCUGGGCCCAACCACAAAAGUCACAGAAGAAAAGGUGCGAUAGUGAACACCAGAAAUCGGACCAGUGGCACUUCCGUCUCCUCCCUCACCAUGGUUGCUCUUCCUCCUGAGCAUAUGGACAGCACCACACAGACUGACGUCAGCUUCCGGUGGCCAGCGAUCACUCCAGUACUCCCGUGCCUGAUGGGAGAGUAUUGGGCUAACGAAUUCAAAUGCGUGUUCGACGCUGGUGAUGACUAUUUGGAAGUGUCACACCACGAAGUGGACCGACCAGACGAGCUGGAAUAUGAGGAGGUCACACUUUAUAAGAGUAGUCAGCAGGAGAAGCUGGGCUUGACGGUCUGCUACAGGACAGAUGACGAGGAUAAGAUGGGUAUUUAUGUUGGAGAGGUGAAUCCAAACAGCACCGCUGCAAAGAACGGACGCAUCAGGGAGGGAGACCGAAUACUUCAGAUCAAUGGGGUAGACAUUGGCAGCAGAGAAGAAGCUGUCGCCAUCUUGAGCAGAGAAGAUAGCGGCAACUUCUCCUUAUUGCUGGCCCGGCCCGACAUGGAGGUGACUUGCAACCCCAGAACAACAUCAUCGUAUGCUGCACAGAUGAGACAACACAAACGAAGAUCAAGCCUCCUUCCUUACAUGUCUCCUGCCACAUGCGUGCUAAGUUCACACAAGACACGACAGUGCCAAUUUCAGGAAGAUCACCUUGGUGACGGCGUCGCCACCAGACAAAAGUCUUUCUUGCACCGCCGCCAUAGUAGAACAGAAAGAGGAGAAUCGAAUGAUGCCGAUAAAGAUGACGAUGAGGAAGGAAACGCGGCGGAGGCCCCUGUCCUGCUGCCCCCUCUUCUCCACCUGACGCCGCUACUCUCCAACAGCCAGGAUCUGGACAGCGGACUCGGGCGCACCGAUGAGUCCUCAGAGCAUGACUUGCUCGGUGGUCUGAGCAGCGCCUGCAACACAGACGCCACCAACACAGACGCCACCAACACGCCCGGAAGCACCCGCAAAUUCUGUCUGGGCCACAGUCCGAGGCUCAGUCCACGACCCAGUCCUGGAGUAGGACCAAGCCCCAAGAUGACCCCAAGUCCUGGGCAUGUCCAAGGAGAAACCCCACCUCCCUUUUCUCACCUCCAGGUCACCUCUGACACUCUCACCGCACUGGAUGUAACUGAAGGAGGUACCACGCAAAACCACACACACCAUAAGCUUCAGCUCCAUAAUAGUCCAGUGAAUAUGAUGGCAACAAUGGCGGGCCUCACAGAGGACGAGUUCCAGCGGUACCAGGAGCUACAGGAUAUCAGGUACCAUUGCAAGAGGCAGCCAAGUAACACACAAGGUGAGGAGGAGCAGGAAGGAGUUGCAAAUGAGGAGGUGCCGUCCCCAUCUGUGGCGGACAUGAACUGCAACGUGACCAUGAGUGAGCGUGAGAUGGCGCUCAUUGAGGAAGAGUUGCGCCACCUGGAGUUCAAGUGGCGCAAUUUCCUGCGUGCACAGAAGAUGCAACAGCUUCGUCUGAGAUACCUGAAAGCCUGGAUGAUGGAGGAGGAGAGGGAUGAAGCAGAUUUUUCUCAUACAGGUCUGCCUGACAGCGACGGCGUCAACAACAAUGAUACUAAUCGUCAUGAGUUGUCAGCCGUCAACGAGCUACCGGAGCGUUCCAAUGAUGGCAAAGACAGCACCAGUGCUUACGGCAGCUGCGAGAGCUGCCACGGCACGCCAUUAGUCAGCACCGUACGAAUCUCGCCCCUUCGGGAUGGCGAGGCACCCAUGGCUCCGCCUUCCCACUGGGAGAGAUGCCACUCCAAGCUCGGAUCCGGCAGCUGGGAUGGCCACGUGAUCAACACGUCGCCCUCCAAGUUCAGAACUCUGUCCAAUGAAUUGGGAUCACCCUCUCGACGAGGGAUGGCUGAAGGAGGACAUGGUUCCAGAACAGCUAAUAACAUGAUGAAUGAACAUUUGGAUGCAGGAAUCGCCCUCACUAGGCCCCGUGGAGGAAGUGCAGAGUCCAGCCCCUUCCUAGCCCAGCGGCGCCAAAGCCGAGCCAAAGCAUUGGAGCGCUACCACAGCUGCAUGGUGCUGCCCUCCGAUGGCCUACUGGAGCCACUGGAUCGGGAGCUGGUUGAGGACAGAGGGGCAGGUAUAGGAAGCAGUGAACGGGCCAGCCCGCGCAGUGCGAGCAAUGUCCCCUGCGGUCCGGAAGGCCGCCACGCACCCUCCUGCUUGGGCCUGGCGCAACCAUUAGCACUGGCUCACUCAUCGCCUACCGCGACAGGACAGCGCAUGGAAUGGAAGGUGAAAAUCCGCAGUGACGGCACUCGCUAUGUGGCCAAGCGGCCAGUCAGAGACCGCCUCCUCAAGGCGAGGGCCAUGCAGAUCCGAGAGGAACGCGGCUGCACGACCACUGAUGACGAUGCCGCUGCCAGCGAGAUGAAACAGGGCCGCUACUGGAGCAAAGAGGAGAGGAAGCAGCAUCUGCUGAGGGCCAGAGAAUACAGACAAAGACGAGAGUUCAUGAUGCAGAGUCGCGUGGACUACCUGAAGGGUGACAGGGACGCGGUAUCAUCAGCAGAUGACACCGUCGAGCUUCCUGUCCCUGUCCAUAAUGACAACGUAGUGCCCCUGAGCCAGAAGAAGAUGAGCAGGAAGAGGAACCGCCGCAUUCUCAACAACUGGAACACCAUCCAGGAGCUGCUGGCUCAUGGCUCACGCUCCCACGACGGCAAGAAAAUCUUUAACCCUCUCCUCUCCUUCACUACUGUGUGACGUGCAGAUGACAGCGCGAAGAACGGAGAACUAGCAACACUGGUUUACAAAAACUUUUAGUCAUAGAUGUCUUUAUGUGUCCCUCAACGCAUUUUCAGAUUCUAAAAAAAUGUCUUUACCUUUUUUCCAACAUAUCAGGCAUUUGAGUUGUGAUACUUUUGUUUUUAAGUUUGACAUAUUGGAGGAUAUCAUAAAAAAUCGUUGACUUUCCAUCCGAGUUUUAACCCCUGCAGAUUAAAAAAUAUAAUUUAAUUUAGAUUUCCCCAAUCCUAGGAGCUUCAUUUUCUCUUUUAGUUUUUUUUCUUGCCGAGACCUCUGCCAAACACAUGCGUGCAUGCACACGCUUGGAGGCCCACACGGACAGCCACUCGAGAGAACUGCAAUCGCCACCUAGUAUUUUUGCUGGGUGUCCAAUUUAGUAUUGUG